AUGGGAGUCACCAAAAAACUCAUUUCGCCUGGCAACGGCGUGGACAAGCCCAAGGCCGGGGACACCAUCACCAUGGAAUAUACCGGUGUGCUGUACGACGAGAAGGCGCCCGACAACAAGGGCAAGCAGUUCGACUCUUCGGUUGGACGAGGGGAUUUCAAGACCAAGAUCGGCGUCGGCCAGGUCAUCCGCGGCUGGGACGACGGCGUCACCAACGUCGAUGGCGGCAUGACUCUCGGAGAGAAGGCCACCUUGACCAUCACGGGGGAUUAUGCUUACGGCAGUCGCGGCUUCCCGGGCCUUAUUCCCCCGAAUGCGACUCUUAUCUUCGACGUGACCCUCAAGGGCAUCAACGAUAAGACCGUCUGA